CUCUUUCCUCCCACACAGACCUCUGCUCGAUGUCAAGGCGUUUUUCUAUCGCGCCGGAGGGCUGGAGAAAAAGCGCUUAAGCUCAUGUAGUAAAUUAAAAUGAACUGUAGAUGUGUGUGAGUGUGUGCUACUGUACUUCAUGUGAGUGGAAAGCAGGCAAGGAAAGAAUGAACCAUACCGUGUGAGGACCGUCAUAAGAUAAGAGUGAAGAACCAUCAGUUGAAGACGUUCCACCAGGACCAGAGAAGCUCUCCAUGACUGUGAACUAUCUCAAUCCGUGAAGACAAGAAAGGAAGCAUCAGAAACAGGUUUCCCACGAAACCUGCCUCCUGGACCAGGUGCUGGAGCUGAUUAUGAAUGAGAAGCCCCCCAACACUGCCAGCCUUUUCCUGAACGAGGACGCCGACAAGCCCCCCCUCCCCAAUCGAGGCCUCUGGCGGCGGCUACGUAGAGCCAUGCAGAAGAGAGCGGCCAGCACCCAGGACAGGAUGAGCACCAUCACUAAGGAGAGCAUCAAUGGCUUCCUGAGACGCAACCUCUUUGUCCUCCUCACCAUCGCAGCAGUGGCUCUGGGUGUCAUGCUGGGUUUCGCCCUGCGGCCCCACAACCUGACCCUCAGGGAGAUCAAGUACUUUGCCUUCCCUGGAGAGCUGCUGAUGAGGAUGCUGCAGAUGCUGGUUCUGCCUCUCAUCGUCUCUAGCCUGGUCACAGGUAUUUCCUCUCUGGACAGCAAAGCGUCUGGGAAGAUGGGAAUGCGGGCUGUGGGUUAUUACAUGGUGACCACCCUCAUCGCGGUCUUCAUUGGCAUCGUCAUUGUGAUUGUCAUCAAACCAGGGAAAGGCCAUAGGGACAGCCCAGUGGCCUCUAGCGGUACCAUAGAGCCGGUACACGCAGCUGACGCCUUCCUGGAUCUCAUCAGGAACAUGUUCCCUCCUAAUUUGGUGGAAGCCUGUUUCAAGCAGUACAAAACGGUCUACAAGAAGACCAUCCACACGAAGAACGUGACUGUUGCCCUCAGUCUGACUGACUCCCUCAACGCUACAGAGGCUGCCUUGGCUGUUAACAUGAGCAGAGUGCUGCAGACCAUCCAGGAGACAGUGGUGGAGAUGAUCCCCAUGUCUGGUUCCUCUAACGGGGUGAACGCCCUGGGUCUGGUGGUGUUCUCCAUGUGCUUCGGCCUGGUCAUUGGCAGCAUGAAGCAGCAGGGACAGGCCCUCAGGGACUUCUUCGACUGCCUCAACGAAGCCAUCAUGCGCCUGGUGGCCAUCGUCAUCUGGUAUGCUCCAGUGGGCAUCCUGUUCCUCAUAGCAGCUAAGAUCGUGGAGAUGAAGAAUCUGGCCGAGGUGGGAGGUCAGCUGGGGAUGUACACAGUGUCUGUCAUCGUGGGUCUGCUCAUCCACGGCUUGUUUGUCCUGCCCCUGCUCUACUUCCUGGUCACCAGGAAGAACCCCUACACUUUCAUGGCUGGCCUUCUGCAGGCCCUCAUCACAGCACUGGGAACAUCCUCUAGCUCUGCCACCCUGCCCAUCACCUUCCGCUGUCUGGAGGAGAACAACCGUGUGGACAAGAGAGUGACACGCUUUAUCCUUCCCGUGGGUGCCACCAUCAACAUGGAUGGCACUGCCCUCUACGAAGCCGUGGCAGCCAUCUUCAUCGCCCAAGUCAACGACAUGGAACUCAACUUUGGCCAGAUCCUCACCAUCAGUAUCACAGCAACAGCUGCCAGCAUCGGCGCAGCAGGCAUCCCACAGGCUGGUCUGGUUACCAUGGUAAUCGUAUUGACAUCGGUGGGACUACCCACAGAGGACAUAACGCUGAUCAUCGCUGUGGAUUGGUUCCUGGAUCGCUUAAGGACUACCACCAACGUGCUGGGGGACUCUAUCGGGGCAGGCAUCGUGGAGCACCUGUCUCGCCAGGAGUUGCAGAGCCAGGAUGUUGAGGUGGGCAACUCAGUGAUUGAAGAGAAUGAGAAGCCCUACCAGCUCAUCUGCCAGAAAAACGACUCAGUGAAGCAUCGCAACAGUGAGACCCCCAUGUAGGGGUUACGACAGUCUGAAAGCAUCCACUAGCCGCUACCGUACUUCUUCAGUGUUUGUAGAUAUGGAGGAACUGGAUAGGUGUAAACAAUAUGGGGAAAGCUAUUGGAUGCCGAGGUGAAGCCAUCACCAUAUUGCUAACACUUAUCUGGGUAACUUCAGAUCUGCAAACACUGUAGGGAUAGUGGCUGGAGAUCGUUUUGACACUGUUAACCAUAUCAACUGUUUUGGUCCUUUCAGUCCAAAUCUGAGAUGCAUCUCAAUUGUCUAGAGCAGUGGUUCCCAAACUUUUUAUAGUCCCGUGCCCCUUCAAACAUUUAACCUCCAGCUGUACCCCCUCUAGCACCAGAGUCAGCGCACUCUCAAAUGUUGUUUUUUGCCAUCAUUGUAAGCCUGCCACACACACAUUAUAUGAUACAUUUAUUAAACAUAAAAAUUAGUGUGAGUUUUUGUCACAACCCUGCUAGUGGGAAGUGACAAAGAGGAGGACCAGGGCACAAAUAAUAAUAUAUUCAUAAUAAAUAAUUUUGCUCUUUAUUUAGCCAUCUUACAUAUUAACUUUAUUUGUUCAUCUAAAAUUGUGAAUUACUCACCACAGGUUAAUGAGAAGGGUGUGCAUAACUCUGCAAUGUUGGGUUGUAUUGGAGAGAGUCUCAGUCUUAAAUCAUUUUCCACACACAUUCUGU